AUGGCGUUCGCGCAUUCGAAUCUUGAUCCCUCUGCCCUUGCUGAUUCGCUCCCCCGUGUGGGCAGGGAUUCCUCGCAGGACACGCAUGCGCUGCAACCGGUACACAGGAAUCCGUGUCGUGCGCGGCUCACUCAAACGGCUGCCAAGAAAACGCCAGCGUAUCGUAUCUGUGAGAUGGAUAGCCAUUGA